UCCCUUUGCGAUGAUCCCACUGUAUCAACUAACUAAAAAGGAGGAGAAUGACAAAUUAAGAGAAAGAGAGGAGAUCAAAUAUCGCAGCAAUGAGAGCUUUCAGCUUAGCUAUAUGUGUUCUCAUCUUGGCAAUGUUGAUUAUGGUGGCCGAGUCGUCCUAUGGUGGGAACGACGAGAAACGCACUCCUCCUCCUCCUCCAAUGGCUCCUUCACCAUCACCAACUGGUCACUUUGGUGAACCCAAGACGCUUCCACCACCUCCAAACGCCGCCACUUUCCCCACUUGCCCGCUGUUUAUCACCACAACAUUAAUGAUUAGUGAGGAGAUGAACCGUAUUGGAUUGAUAAAGGGAUCAUCCAAGGAUGUUGCCCGGAGAACGUUUGCAGCAGCAGCUAGUAAAGCCAAGAAAGAUGGAUCCGAUCCCAAGAUCUUGCCUGACUCUGAUUACCCUGAUUGGCUCUGGCAUUUGCUCGAUAAGCGACCGCGCUCAGUGAACUUAGGAGGAAGAACGUCGAGACUCUUCCCUAUGAUGAUCUCAAACGUUUUGUCAAGCUCGACACAACGAGCUAAAUCAAGGAGAACAACUCUAUCAAGGCCAGAACUGAGAGAUGUAAGAUGAUGUUUUCACUCUCUCUGCUCUUUCCUCUUGUCACUCAACUCUCUCCAUGUUGCGGUUUUAUUAGAAUUUGCUAUAAUGCGUUGAGCCAACAAAUUGGAACUAUGCUUGCUAAUAAGUAGAUUCUUCCAGUUAGAUUACAUUUCCAAAGCAUUAUGAUCUUGUAUGUUCUCAGACUCUUAGUAUAUCCAAGAAAUUGCUGCUUCAUCUUUUCUCGGCAUCAUUCUCUUUGAAAAUUUGGAGCCUUAAAUAGGUUUAUCAUGCCUGCUCUAAGAAGAUUCUUUCAGUUAAGAUACUUUUCAGAGUCAGUAGCAUUAUGCUCUUGUAAGUUGUUGAUCCUUAAGACUCUUUAUUAGUGAACCCAAGAACUUGCUGCUUCUGUGAGUUAAACUCUUGGCUCUUGUUUAAACCGAAUUGUAUGUAUGUCCAACAAGUGUAACACAAAUCCUCUCUCCGGAUAGAGGAGAUGAGUUGGUCGGUUCUUAAGAUACUGCAGGUGCACCUGAUUCAUUUAACAAUCAGAUUUAUUGUUUACUGUAAUAGCAUUACAUGGGACCUAGCUCAUUGAUGUUGCAUCACUAUUCUCUAGGUGGAUACCAACUCUUGUUGUCUAUCUCUUUGUGGGGUUUGAUACCUUCAAAAGAAAGGUAAAGCAAAGGUUGCAUCAUUAAUCUCCCUUUUGUUCUUCCAUUAUUGCUCUUCUUUGCUUUGAUUGUUACUUGUCCUGUGACUUGCUCAGUUACAAUUUGUUAAUACUAGUUAGGAUAAGUAUCAGUUUGAAUCGGUUUUGUUUUAGGUCUUAUUGGCUUAAAUUAUAGUUUUCUCUCUAUGAUAUUAUUGUAUCUGACAAGUGCUGCUACUUAUUGCUUUAUGGUUAUAUCCUCCCAUGCCCAUGAAAGGUUAAGAGUUUGAAAAGGAGACACCACUCAUCACAUGCUUUUGUGGGUAUAACAAAAAAUAAAGCUAACUUUUUCUC